GUGAAUGCGAAGCCCUGUGUGCACGUCAAAACACGUGUGAAGCCACGCUGAAGAGAAAUUACGCACCGGUGCGCACUGCGCGUCAGCAAAGCUCCAGAGAAGUAGGACAACUCCAAACUUUUAGGGGCUUAGUAAAUAUAACUUGGAAGCUUGUGGUCGUUACUAUUUAUCACCUAACCCUAUGUGAAAAUAGGAUGAACUAAUGGACCUGUGGACCUGAGGUAGAAAAGAUAAAAAAAAAAACCUUUGUCUGCCCUCACCCGGAUCAAUAGAUAACUGUCAUGUCGGAGGAGAAUAGUUCGGUGGACGUUCACCCUGACAGCGAGGAAUGUCCCGGAGAAGAUUCACUUGGCUUCGGAGAGGAUCUGGAGUUAAAUCAGUUCGACGGGUUGCCCUUUUCCUCGCGCUACUAUAAAUUGCUGAAAGAGAGGAAGACCCUGCCCGUGUGGAAGGUCAGGUGCCAGUUUGAAGAUGCGCUGGCGAACAACCAACUGGUUGUUGUGUCUGGGACGGCAAAGACUGGGAGGAGUACACAGAUCCCUCAGUGGUGUGCCGAGUUCUGCCUGUCGGCCCAGUACCGGCACGGUAUGGUUGUGUGCACGCAGACCAACAAACAACAGGCUGUAGAUCUGGCCUUGCGCGUCGCGGAUGAAAUGGAUGUCAACAUAGGCCAUGAAGUCGGUUACACCAUCCCUCUGGAGACCUGCUGCUCCUCUGACACUGUUUUGAGGUACCUCACUGACGAUAUGCUGCUGAGAGAAAUGAUGUCCGAUCCUUUUCUGGAGCACUACGGGGUCAUUAUCAUCGACCAGGCCCACGAGAGGACAGUCAGCACAGACAUACUGCUGGGUCUCCUCAAGGACAUCCUGCUGCAGAGGCCUGAGCUCAGAGUGGUGGUGCUCGCCGUCCCGCCCACGACCGACAAGCUCCUGCGACACUACGGAAGCAUCCCGCUCAUCAGCAUGGAGACCUCCUGUGCUGCUGGGGUGAUCCACAGCAACAGCAGCAGCAACAAAGACUACUUCUACUCGGCGCUGAGACUGGUGCUAGAGAUCCAUCGAACCAAAGAGAGAGGGGAUAUGGUCGUCUUUUUGGCUUCCGCUAAGGAGGUUCAGUUUGCCUACAGCAUCCUCCAGAAAGAAGGUACCAGGCUGGGGGCAGACCUAGACCAGCUGGUGCCCAUAGCCUUGUGCACACGCCAAGGAGCGCUGUUGCCUGUCCUGGCCCACCAGCCGGGCUCCACAAAGUCCAGGAGGGUGUUCCUGUCCACGCAACAGGGGGAGGAUGUGUGGUGGCCUACAGAGUCCGUGAACUUUGUCAUUGACACGGGAGUCCAGAAAAAAAUGGUGUACAACCCUAGGGUAAGAGCGAACUCUGAGGUACUUCAACCCAUCAGUCAGCGUCAGGCAGACACACGCAAGCAGCUUUCUGAACCAGCAGGUAAAUGUUUCUGCCUGUACUCGGAGGAAAGCCUACCCCUCGCGGAGAACCCCCCACAGAUCUUGGAGUCCAACAUUACACCAACAGUUCUCUUCCUUAAAAGGAUGGAGAUAGCCGGACUUGGGCAGUGCCAUUUCAUCGACAGACCAGAUCCCGAGGGGCUCAUGCAGGCCCUGGAGGAGCUGGACUACCUCGCAGCUUUAGACGACGACGGCAACUUGUCCGAAAUUGGCAUCAUCAUGUCAGAAAUCCCCCUGGAUCCUCAGAUGGCCAAAGCUCUGCUAGCAUCCUGCGAGUUCGACUGCGUGAGCGAGAUGCUGACCAUCGCGGCCAUGCUGUCGGCACCGAGCUGCUUCCUGGAGACGUCCGCCGGCGUGACCCACGACGCAGCCCUGUGCCACAGAAAGUUCCAGCACCCCGAAGGCGAUCACUUCACCCUCAUAAAUAUCUACAACGCCUUCAAACAAACCCAGAGAGAACAAUGCAUGCCCGUUUGCAUUUUCCCUGCAGACUUUAUUCUUGAGAAGUGGUGCCAGGACUACUUCCUGGACUACUCUGCCCUAAAAACAGCCGACGCCAUGCGCUCAGAGCUGACAGACACUCUGAACAGGAUCGAGCUCCCCAUUUCUGAACCCUCCUUCGGAACCAAGACCAACACCCUCAACAUAAAAAGAGCUCUGCUGGCUGGCUUCUUCAUGCAGAUCGCUCGAGAUGUGGACGGAUCAGGAAACUACUUCAUCGUGACGCACAAGCACAUGGCUCAGGUUCACCCGUUCUCCUGCUACGGAGCUCAGUCGCACAAGCUGGGGCUACCGGAAUGGGUCGUUUUCAACGAGUACACCCUGUCGGAAAACAACUGCAUGAGAACGGUCUCUGAAAUUUCCCCCCAAGUCUUCAUUGAGAUGGCACCGCUGUACUUCUUCUACAACCUGCCCCCCAGCGAAAGCAAAGAUCUGCUGCAAGACAUGUUGGAGCCGGAGAGGGCCAGAAGCCGCAGAGCCGAUAAAAGUCAAACCGCGGCUAUCGGCAGCGACAACGCCGGCGGGGGCGCUUCGGUGACGCAGGCGUACGACAGGUGUGCGAUUCAGUGAGCUGAACUCGGCACAUCUGGGUCGAAAACGUGCAACCAAAUGCAGUGACACUUGUGAGACAUUUGUAUUCGUCGCAUAGAUUUAAAAGGGUCACGUGUACAUGACUCCAUGUGCUGAUUUGUCUAUUGAGUUGAUGAAUUGUAAUAAGUAAAUACAUUUUGAACUCUUUCA